AUAUUUAUUUCCUAUUUAUUUCCUAUUUAUGGCGCAAAUCUAUGUUGGAACCAUAUGGCGCAAAAUCUAUGUUGGAACCAAGCCAUAAGCCUUGUCGAGGACAUGGUGAAAAAUGGAGUCGCAAGCAUGAAUAUUGGUUCCAUCAUGCUUUUCUCGACCACUUGGUUCCAUCAUACGAUUAAUCUAUCCGAUUGCGACGACCCACCUCGGUUCAAUAAUGGAGUUCUACGAUUGUGUGAUAUGAAAUUUAGUGAUGUUGGCUUUGAUGAUGUCUUUCUCUCCUGGUCUUGUGGAUAUGAUUAUCCUCAAGAGCCUAUCAGUGAUGAAAUUAUUGAUAUCUUUGAGACUUGGCUGGACAAGUAUGCACGUGCAGCUAAUGAAACUGUGGAUAUGAAAGCCGAUAUUAAGACAAUGAUUGUGGAGACACUUUGUGAUAAGAACUCUAAAGAACGUGCCUUCUUCCUUAUGGGGGAAGGUGGCAAUGGUAAGAGCGUCCUUUGUAAUCUACUUUGUAAUUUACUUGGUGAAUAUGCUGUAAACGUCCCCUUUGAGACUUUAACUAAAUCCAUUGAGGCUGAGGGUAAAAAUCCUUUCAUCAAGAGAAUGCGUUAUAAGCG